AUGUAUGCCAUUCGUUUAAAAAAACAUCGAUUUCCAUCUAUGAUAUCCUUACGUAUAUUAAGUUAUCAUGAACGUCUACAUAUUUGUUUGUUUUUUAUAAUUAUUUUUAUUGCUAGUUUAAUUUCCUAUUAUCAACCAUAUAGUUUAUUAUUUAAUUUCAAAAAUAUUGUAUUUGAACCUUCAUCUAUUGAAUCUGUUCGUAAUAAUGUACUACAGCAACAUAAACAACAACAACAAAUAGCUUAUGAAUGGCUUGAUAAUUUAUUAAAAAAUCCAAAAAAUUAUCCACAUCUUAUUUCAAAUUAUACACAACAAAUACAUUUUUAUGAUUAUAUUCAAAUGAAAAAUAAUCUCUCAUCAUCAUCAUAUACAUUACUUAAUAAACCGAAACAAAUAUUAUUAAAUACAACUGAUCAUAUUGUAAUAUCAAUAUUAUAUGGUCAACAAGAUACUGAUCAUCGUGAAGGUAAAUUUUAUAUUGGUCAAAUGCUUUAUCAUUUACUUAAAAAUUAUCAUUCACGUUUUAUAAUAACAUUAUGUGAAAAUAAUAAUACAAAUGAACAAGUAUCCGAUGGUAUUAAUCUUAUACGACAAAUUCUACCUGUUUUUAUUGUAAAUACAAAAUCUCAAACAAUAAUAAAUACAUAUGAACGUGAAAAAGAAGCACAUUUACAAUGUCUUUUAGCAAAUUUUCAAUCAUUUCCAUCUAUUAAUUAUCUUUUGUUAUUACAAGAUGAUGCUGAACCCAUUAGUAAAAAUUUUUAUUAUCAAUUAUUAUCAUUAAUUGAUAAUCGUAUUAAACAACGAUGGCCAUUAAAUGGUCAUAGACAACAACCAGCUUUUAUUAAAAUCUAUCAUCCACGAUGGUUAAUUUCUUAUAUAUAUCCAUCAAUUUAUUUGAUUACUCAAUUAAUUUCAACAAGUUUCUUACUUACAUUCGUCGGUUUUUAUUUAUAUCAAUUUAUUAUUCAUUUUUCUUAUUUUAAGAAAAACACAAAUAUAAAACAACAAGAACGAGAACGGGAAAAAUACUUCCGAUCAUUAUUAAACAAUAAUAUCUUUCUUUCUAAAUUAAUCAAUUUAAAUCUAGUGUAUUUUAUAUUCUAUUUUAUUCUUAUUAUUUUGGUUCUUAUUCUAAUUGAUCAUUCAAAUGUUUCAUGGACAUGGCGUUCAUUACAUCCAUCUUUUUAUUCUAUUUAUCCGGCACCAUCAUGUUGUUUACCUGGUGUACUUUAUUUUCAACAAACUUCUAAACAAGUUAUUGAUUAUUUAAAUCGUACUCAAUGUCAUAGUAAAUAUGCAAUUGAUACAGCAUUGGAUGAUUUACCAGCACGUACAAAUCUUCAAACGUUUCUUGUUGAACCUAAUUUAGUUCAUCAUAUUGGAUUAUAUUCAAGACUUCGACGAAUGUAUAUUAAUCCAUAUUUACUUGAUUAA